GAUUUUCAUUAAAUCGUUACUCGUGGAGCUCCCCGUCUCCCCUACUGAACCUUCCCCUGAAGACACAAGUUAGGAGGUACUGAUAGACUAUCACAUAUCUUAAUCAUGAGUCAAGACUUAGAGAGUGGCCGACAUUGUGAUCUUCGCUUUGAGAAUAGUUCGAUGCCACCAAAUCCGGGUGCGAUGAAUACUAAUACUGGCGUUAACAACUUGAGGACGACGGAAAGUUUCGAUUCCAGCAAGAGACCCGUAUUUACCAUAGCCAGCCAGUUACGAGCAACUAUUUUUAAAUCUUGGAUCAACCUGCUGCUUUUUUGCGUUCCAGCUGGAAUCGCUAUCAAUUACUGCAACUUGAAUAUGACAGCUGUCUUUGUGGUUAAUUUUAUCGGUAUCAUCCCGCUGGCAGCGAUGUUGAGCGAUGCAACAGAGGAGAUAGCCCUUAGGACUGGAGAAACAAUAGGUGGAUUAUUGAAUGCUAGCUUCGGCAAUGCUGUGGAGUUGAUUGUCGCCAUAAUCGCCCUUGUUCAUGACGAAGUGACCAUUGUGCAAACCUCCUUGAUUGGAAGUAUGCUAUCUAACCUGCUCCUGGUUAUGGGCAUGUGUUUUUUCUUUGGCGGUAUCAAUCGAACCGAACAGAAGUUUAGCAAACUCUUCGCCCAGACUGGAGCUAGUUUACUGGCUCUUGCUGUGGCCAGUUUGAUCAUUCCUACAGCCUUUCGAAAAUGGUCCGCCGGCGGUGCUUCACAUACGGACGAGCUUUCACGUGGAGUUUCUGUGAUUUUGUUACUCGUCUAUACCUGUUAUCUCAUCUUCCAACUCAAAACUCAUGCAGACAUCUACAACAAACCCAGCGAGAAAACUGAGAAGCGCAACAAGAGUCGCGCCAAGGGUGACACUCAGAAGGGAGUGGUCGCUAUGAGUGGUCUUAGCGCGUACAUAGUUACCGGUACCCCUCAACUGGGACUUCCUGUGGAUGAAAAGGACGAGAAGGAGACCCCGCAGCUCCAUUUUUACGUUGCCGUCCUUGUACUAGUCUUAUCCACCCUAUUUAUUGCCCUUUGCGCUGAAUUCAUGGUCAAUGCUAUUGAUGCAGUGACCUCAGGCACUAGCGGUGUCUCUAAAACAUUUAUUGGUCUGAUUUUGCUGCCCAUAGUCGGAAAUGCGGCAGAGCAUGCUACUGCAGUGACAUGUGCUGUGAAGGACAAAAUGGACAUCGCGAUUGCAGUCGCUGUGGGCUCGAGCAUGCAGAUUGCGCUUUUAGUACUUCCGUUAGUGGUUGUUCUCGGGUGGGUUAUGGGCAAUGACAACAUGACACUCGACUUUGGUGACGGAUUCCAAGUUGUCGUUCUAUUCAUGGCCGUCCUCUUGGUCAACUACCUAAUCGCCGAUGGAAAAUCUAACUGGCUCGAAGGUAUCUUGCUGAUGACAUUAUACAUCAUCAUUGCCAUUUCUGGGUGGCUUUAUGGCUGA